AUGUGGAAUGUUGAUAUUGAUUAUGGUGAAACUGGUGAAACUGGUGUAAAGUGGUCAUAUCAAUUUACCAAUAAUGGUAAAUUUGAUUACGAAGUUCACAGGAAAAGUAUUCAGAUAGAUGAACCACAUUAUGGUCAUUUUUAUCUUAUGAAUAAUGUAAAAGGAUUUCGUAUUAACAUUAGGCAAGAACUUGGUUUUAUAGAACAUAAAGAACGUAAAUUUGUAUCAAAAAUGUUUAAACGACCAGUGUUAGUAAUGCAAUAUCCUAAGCUUGUUCAUGACCUCGAGAUUUCCUUUAAAAUGAUUGAGAAUUUUAAUGAUAACUUCAAAAAACUGGCACAAAAGGAUGUAUACACGGGACCAUGUCUUACUCUGGAUCACAAUAAUGAUUCUCAGCAAGAAAAUAAUGCUGAAUUCAACCGCAAAUUUGAAGCAUUCAUUAGUGCAAAAAA